CGAAUUAACUAGUGUACUUGUUAGAGCAGUUAAUGAUAACUCAAACUCGUGCAGCUAGCGAAUGCGCAGUGGUUUAAAUUUUUCUAAUUGAUUGCUGAAUUGAUUUAAGAUAACGCUUAGCCAAAGUGACUUGCGACAUAUUUUACGUCAAGAGAGCUCUUGAGGCAACAAAGAGACAAAAACAAUACMAUUCGGUCUAGACAAACUUGCAGACGCGAAGUGCGCCUGAGGUUCAGACGUUUCAACAACAAAAACCAAAAAAAAAUCACUAAAAAAAAAAAAAAAAAAAAAACCUCAUGACUGCUUUGUUAGCAAGAACAGUGGUGACACUAUCACCGAACAGCACGCUCUUGCCCACUAUACCUCGUCCAUCGAAAUUAUGGCAGAUAAUCUUUACGAUCUCCACAUUGACAGCAAUUAUAUGUAGUCAAACCACCGAAGCAGAGUUGUUUAUGCAGCAUUCGGCUUCGCCAAAAGUUUGCCUUUACGAAAUGGGUUGCUUGCAGGGCAGGCUUAUGCCUGGUUUAGGUGCGCACAAUUUCGAGGCAUUUCUGGGCAUACCGUACGCUUUACCGCCAGUGGGUGAGCGGCGCUUUGCGAUUCCCAAAUCAUUUCCACGGUGGUGGGGUAUGUUGGACGCGACCGCACCGAAGCAGAAUUGUGUGCAAAAGAAUUACAUACUACCAAAUCCGGUAGUGGAAGGCGUCGAAGAUUGCCUUUACUURAAUAUCUACAGACCAAUAGUAAACGCCAAACAUUUACUGCCGGUUAUGGUUUAUAUACAUGGUGGCGGCUGGUUUAGUGGCAGUGCCAGUCCACUAUUACAUGGUCCCGAAUAUAUUAUGGAAACCAAAGAGGUCAUCUUGGUAUCCAUCGCUUAUAGAUUAGGACCAUUUGGUUUUCUCUCAACCGACGAUGCUAAUAUGCCCGGCAAUCUGGGUCUUAAGGAUCAAAAUUUGGCGCUGCGUUGGAUUAAACUCAAUAUUGGCGCUUUUGGUGGCGAUCCGGAAAAAGUAACCAUAUUUGGACAAAGCGCUGGUGCCAUUUCCGUGCACCUACAUAUGCUGAGUCGUCAAUCCGAAGGUCAAUUGACUGCAAAGACGCAGCUGGUAAUCAAUGAGUAUUUUGGUGGACGUCCAGUAAUCGAUAAUACGACCGCGCAGGGUUUUCUUGACUGCAUCAGCGAUCGCGGUUUUCAUCAUCCCUACUACAAUGCCAUCCGUGCUUAUGUGCGUACAGUCGAUGUGAAAAAGUAUCCGGUCUAUUUGUAUAAGCUCAGUUACAAAGGUCAUCAUAGCUUUACGAGCAUUUAUACGGGUGGCAUGCUUAUUGGUGAAUUUGGUGCCGUACAUUGUGAUGAUCUAAUUUACACCUUCCGUGCGCCUGUGAUAUUUGCCGAUUUCAAUCGGAGCUCGGCAGAUGCAUYUCUAGCCACGUAUUUUACCCGAAAUCUCGUUCACUUUGCCAAAUGUGGCAAACCGUUGAACGUAGACGCCUUAAAACCUUGCACGGCCGCUACAUUUGACCAGAAAUCGGAUGGGAUUUGUGAUUAUCAAGAAUUUUCGAAUUCUGGCAAUGAUUCUUUCAGAACUUCCACCAACAACAAGUUUAACGUGAAGCGUGUGAAACUAUGGAAUGCGAUUCUCGAAAUAGAUGAUUACUUGAAAUUAUACUGAGGUUAAUUAGAGCAGUUAUUUAUAGAGUUUACUAAUGUAGUAUCUUGAAAGAGUGGGCACAAAACUCACACAAGCUGAGAUUUUAGUAUUAGCAUUUAGAUUUUUUUAUUACAUUUUUAUAUAUUUAUAUAGAUUUGAAUGUCAUAGUAGAUUUUAUAAAAUAAUAUUAAU